CGAACAACACUUACAUGCUUCAACCCAUUGAUUCUUCCACGCAUCUUGGAUAAUGACUACAUCCGUAGUGACCAACGGGCAUCACGAUGCUUCCUCGAUAACCCCUCCAAGACCACGAAAAAACAACAGCAGUCUAGGCUGGGUGGUGCAGAAGUUUGGCGGGACCAGCGUGGGGAAGUUCGCGGUCAAUAUCGCCGAGGACAUUAUACGGUAUGCUGCCCCUCAGCAAAAACAAUUCUUUCUGCCCCAAAUACUGAUUCUCCCUGCAGUGCGAGCCUAAACGACUACCGAAUUGCUGUGGUUUGUUCUGCGAGGAGUACGGGCAAGAAGGUCGAGGGAACAACCAGUCGGUGAGUCAGUCGCGAGUCGCAAGUCGCUGCCAGGACAUGCAGGACAUGGAGCUCACAAUUCUCUUUGCAGACUGCUUGAAAUAUAUGGCGUCCUCGCUUCGGUAAACGCGAUCAAAGAUACCCAGACUGUACAUUACGAGAGUCUGGUCGCGGAAUACGAGCGGCUGGUACACGUCAUAUCUGAGGACCAUGUCGCAGCAGCACAAUCACACAUUCAAGAUGAGGGCAUCCGGGUGAGGCUUGUAAAGGAAGUGAAAGACGAAUGCCAAGAAAUUAUAGACUACAGAAUAGCAGCGGAGAGAUGGCAUCUUGAAAUAGAUUCGAGGGCCAAAGAUCGCAUUAUAAGUUUCGGAGAGAAACUCAGUUGUCGGUUUAUCGCAACUUUACUACAGGAUAGGGUGAGUCGGAACGUACCAACGUAAGACCGCGGAAACUGAUAUAUCUAGGGCGUGGAUUCUGAAUAUGUGGAUCUUUCCGAUAUCGUUCACUUCAAGAGUGUCCAUGGGCUUGAUCCGGAUUUCUAUAAACAAAUGGCUACAGCUCUCCGGGAAAAGGUGUUGGCAUGCGAGAGUCGUGUUCCCAUCUUGACUGGUUAUUUCGGAACUGUUCCAGGUGGAUUGAUGGAUGGCGAGAUUGGAAGGGGCUACACCGACCUUUGCGCAGCAUUAGUUGCUGUUGGGAUCAAGGCAGAUGAGUUACAGGUUUGGAAAGAGGUCGACGGUAUAUUUACAGCAGACCCUUCAAAGGUUCCCACGGCACGAUUAUUAUCAACAAUUACCCCCUCCGAAGCCGCUGAAUUGACAUUUUAUGGUUCUGAGGUCAUCCACCAUCUUACUAUGGAUCAGGUCAUUCAUGCAUCUCCGCCAAUUCGAAUUCGUAUCAAGAAUGUAAAAAAUCCUCAGGGUGAUGGCACAAUUAUACUCCCAACGCCAAAAUUGGCACCUUCUCACUCACGAGCUCCAAGCAUAUUAAGUCCCCGAAAAUCGACAAGAAGACCAACAGCAGUUACCAUAAAAGACAAGAUUUCCGUCAUAAACGUCCAUUCAAAUAAAAGAUCCAUCUCACAUGGUUUCUUUGCGAAAGUUUUUUCCAUCCUCGAUAAAAGGCAGUUAUCAGUAGAUUUGAUCUCCACCUCCGAAGUUCACGUCUCCAUGGCUAUACAUUCGGCGAACCUUUCUCCCGACGAAUUGAAACAAGCUGGAGAGGAAUUGGAGUUAUGUGGAGAGGUUAGCAUCAUAAAUGAUAUGGCUAUUCUGAGCUUGGUUGGAGCAGAGAUGAAGAACGCCAUUGGUAUUGCGGGAAGGAUGUUUUCUACGCUGGGAGAAAAUCAUGUGAAUAUUGAGAUGAUAUCCCAAGGUAAGUUAUUUCUUGUACCUCUUUACAGGACUUCCAUUCUCGUAUCAUCGGAGUUCGCUAACAGAUUCUCAAAGGCGCGAGUGAAAUCAACAUAUCCUGCGUGAUUGACGCCUACGAAGCGACAAGAGCUAUGAGCAUACUACACACAAAUCUCUUUACAUUUCUGGAAUAGAAGGCGUACAAGUCAUUAAGAAGGUGAGGAGGUGAAAAGGUGGAUCCAAAAUCUACCACCGGAGGAAAAAUGGAUAUCUGCAAAUAGCAUGAGAGAGAGCGAGCAAGAUUGCAUUUAUCUAGAGUUCGCCGGUCGAGAUAUUUAAAAUUGUUGGCAUUUGUAUACAGGAAAGGGCUUUACAGGCAUAGGGGCGUUUUGGUGUCGCAUUUUCUAUUUUCUUUUUUGUGUGUUUGCCGCAUUAGGUAUGGUUGCUGGUAGGGUGGCUUUGUAUAGGGAUUGAAUUUGAAUGAUCCAGGGAUACGAUAUUGAAGGGGAAAAUGCAUUGGUGGUGGGUACGUGGGUAUGUGAGAGAUUGGGAUAUAAUCAUGGGUAUGAAAUGG